CACAAGAAGAGUUUUGGGUUGGAGAGUGUGAAACAUCAGCAGUCACACAGAGUUUAUUUCCACCAUCUUUGUAAAUUUUAGUUAUUUUAUGAAAUUUAGAAAUUAUGAUGCUUACCUUCCGGUGAAAUAAACAUUAUUGAGUGAUUGUACUUAGUACUAAUUCUGAUUCAAGUUUAUUGCUUGUGCCAACGAUGAAUCGCAGUGACGGUCUUGUGCAAAGACGUAACAUCAAUCGAGAGAACUCUGGUCUUUCUUCAAGAGAAAGUCAAGAGAAUUUUGAAGACAGAAAAUCGGAUAGGGAAGAAGAUACUGAAGAUGGAGAUUCAAAGGAAACAAGACUCACUCUUAUGGAGGAAGUAUUGUUACUUGGCCUCAAAGAUAAAGAGGGAUACACAUCUUUCUGGAAUGAUUGCCUAUCAAGCGGUCUGCGUGGGUGUAUAUUAAUAGAACUGGGUUUGCGAGGGCGGGUUGAACUGGAGAAAGCAGGGAUGCGGCGCAAGAGCCUGCUGAACCGCAAAGUGCUGGUGAAGAACGACACUCCCACUGGAGACGUUUUGCUGGACGAGGCACUGAAGAGGAUGAAGGAAACUGAUCCUCCUGGCACCACACAGUGUUGGAUAGAUUAUCUCACUGGUGAAACAUGGAAUCCCCUGAAAAUGCGCUACCAAUUGAGGAACGUUCGAGAAAGACUUGCCAAGAACCUCGUGGAGAAAGGUGUUUUAACUACAGAGAAAACUAACUUUUUUCUGUUUGAUAUGACUACACAUCCACUUACUGAUAAUAUUGCCAAAACUAGACUUGUGAAAAAGGUUCAAGAUGCAGUGCUGGGGAAAUGGGUGAACGACCCACAACGGAUGGACAAACGAAUGUUGUCACUUCUUCUCCUUGCACAUGCUUCUGACGUCCUUGAAAACGCUUUUGCUCCUCUCAACGAUGAUGACUAUGAACUAGCCAUGAAGAGAGUGCGAGAACUCAUAGACUUAGAUUUAGAAGUAGAAGCAAUGAAAUCGCAGAAUCACGAAAUUAUUUGGGCUGUUUUUGCUGCCUUUACCAAAAUGGUAACUCCAGUUAGUUCAGAACCUAAUUAUCUGAGGGAAUGAGCAGUUGAACAGCAAUGGUGAAUUCAAUGCUGACUUUUGGUGACUGGGGUUUGCAACUUUGCUCCUCUCCAGUCGUUACUACGAUGGCAGUUAUUUCCAUUAUAACGCUGCAAGAAAUGUGUUUCCAAUACAAUUUUGUCCUUGUUUGUAUAUAGGUAUUUAUCAUAAUUUUAAAACUAAACAUAUUAAAUCCUGUCAAGAAUGUUAUCAAUUCUAAAUUUAUUAUAAACAUAAUAAUUUUGGAUUUAGCUAGCUCUAUUUUUUUAUAUAUCUAUUCUAAAUUUUAAACGUUAGUGCAUGCAAAUUGUGGAUUUU